UCUAAACAUAAAUAAAGAUUUUCAUUUUUGAAGGCAAUGUGGUAAAUUACUUGGACCCUUCGCCAUACCGCUACCUACAGCUUUGAAAACGCCGUCGAAUCCUUCACAGAUUCGGAAAAACGGAUAUUAAGAAAACGUUGCAUCGAUUUUACAGUAAAACUAAUAAAAGAAUUGCAACAACGGCUUCCUGAGAAUGUUAAAAUUCUUAAAGAUAUGAAUGUGAUGAGUGUCACACAGGCUUUAAAAUCGAACAAAGGCAUCGUCGAGGUUAUAAAGUUGGCAGAGCACUUUGGGCAGAAUCCAGAAACCAUUGAUAAAAUAGUUAACCAAUGGAAAAGUAUUAACAAUAAUAAAUGGGAAAAUGUAACUGACACAUUGAAGUUUUGGGUAGAGGUAUCUGAAUAUAAAGAUGCAAACAAUGAAAAUCCCUAUAAUGAACUAGUUUCAUUGGCAUUUAUAUUACUAUCAUUGCCGCAUUCUAACGCCGAUGUUGAGAGGGUGUUCAGUUCAAUGAACAUUUUAAUAAAUAAACUGAGGAAUAAAAUGAAUUUGGACACAUUGAAUUCACUUCUUCAUAUCCGAACAGGGCUCAAAAACUUAAAUAAAAAUUGCCAUACAUAUGAAAUUCCCCAAGAAGUUCUUAAAAAAAUUGGCAAAAAAGAUAUGUACACAUUUAAAUUGAAAAAGUCUGACAGCGAAGAACCUUCCACUUCCACGGUGACUUCAGCGUCAGUACAACGAGAAGCAGAAUCAGCAGUAGAGACAGACGAUAGUGAAGAUGAUUGGAUGUAGUUAUAAAUAAUUAUUAUCAUAUUAAACCAAAAUUAAAUUAAUUAUAUCUUUUUUUUUCAUGUCUAAAAAAAUAGCACUAUUUUUGAUAUUUUUUAUCAAUCUAGCACUAUUUGAGACGUCAUUUAGCACCUACCUAAGAGAUCGAGUUGGCAACACUGGUAUUCGCUCGGCGCUCAGUGUGGACGCUUGUUUUUGUGUUUGAGGCGAGCGCGUCGAAUUCCCCGAGUUUUAAUUACGUUUACUUUUUCUGUUAUUUGAAAAAUGAGUGGCUUGUGGGAUAUCGAGACUUGUUUAACUUUAAUUGAUAUGUAUGAAUCAAAGAGGGUGCUAUGGGAUAGUACAUACGAAGAAUACUAUAAUCGCAUAAAAAUAGAAUAUGCUUGGCGUGAUAUCAGUGAAACAUUAAACAUUAGUGUAGACGAUGUAAAAAAAAAUUGUAAGCUUGACAGGUUCAUUUAGACGAGAACGGCGCGCACGUUACGACGUGACAAUUGGGUGACAUUUUUGUCCGCCAACCAGCGGACAAGCCCGUGACGAAACUGUCACCACGCCGCUAGGUUUUUAUAGCAGCGCGCGCACGGGCAACAAAAUUGUCACUCAAAACGUAGUUCUUCCGCCAUUUGCAUUCGAACCGUCGUCUUUAGCGAACGCAAAAUGGCGUCAACGUCUACGCAAAACGUGAAAGUGCACGAAGAGGAUAUCGAUAAUGAUUUACUUAUUGAAGAAGUUGAAAAAAGAGCAUUAAUUUACGAUAAAAAGCUGAAAGAGUAUUCAGAUUCUAAUUUGAAAAUUAAAGCAUGGGAUGAAAUCAGUCGUAUAAUAUUUUCUACAGUUUGGGGUACGUUGUCGUCACAAGAAAAAACUGAAGCUGGUAAACUUGUACAAAAACGAUGGAAGAAUUUAAGGGCUUGUUUUUCACGUGAGCUACGUGAGCAAAAAUCUGGCCAGGCCGCUACAAAAAGAAGAAAGUACAAACAUUUUGACCAACUUUUAUUUCUUAUCCCAAGCAUGGAUACCCGAGAAACCUCAGGAAAUGCUGAUUCUGUAGAGGAAAUUGCUUGCGAAGAAGAUAGGAUGCCAGUGUGA